AUGCGUCCACUCAUUUCGCUUCUUUGGUUUUCUAUCCUGCUGUUCAUUAAUCGUGCCAGUGCCCUCGCCGAUACAGACACAAUUACUUGGGGCGGUUCAAAUGAUAGGAGUGGUUAUCAAAAUAAUCACAAUAUGGACCCCGCCAUAGUGGGAAGUGCUCAAUUCGGUCUCUUAUUCAAGGCGAAGCUGCCAGGAACAUACCUCAUUGGUGGACAAAAUAUUCCCGAGCAGAUAUUUUCGCAACCUUUGGUGUACACUGGCUCCGACGGCGUCCAAUAUCUCUAUGUGGCAACAACGCAGAACAAUGUUUACAAGAUCACGGCAAAGACGGGGAUCAUUAUUGCAUCUCGGAAUCUUCACCGGCCGUUCCUCGUCAGUGACCUGGCUGGAUGUGUAGACAUCAAUCCAACCAUUGGUAUCACUGCGACUGGUGUGAUUGAUCCUGAUACCGAUACCUGGUAUGUAACCGCUAAGACAUAUGUGGACCAAACCAUCGAUGGUCCAACUGGGCGACCCAACGGCCGCUACUACAUCCAUGCCAUUAGUACAGUCGACCUCAGCGAACGUGCCAACUUUCCAGUUGACUUGGAGGGCAUAGUGGCCAGGAACAAUCCCGUCCGAUCAUUCAACGGCGGCAUACAUCAUCAACGUCCGGCAUUGCUUCAAACUGGAGAUUUUGUUUAUGCGGGAUUUGCUAGUCACUGUGUUCAAUGGAACUUUACUGGCUGGAUAGUUGGGUGGCACAAAAGCACUGGCCAAUUGGUUGAGCGCUUUGCGACAGAAGUUGGACCCGAUGUGCCAGGCGCAGGAGUCUGGAUGUCUGGCGGUGGUCUUGCAAGUGACGACAAAGGCUCCAUGUUCUUUGCAUCUGGUAAUGGUUAUGCUUCUCAACUUGACAGUGUCCCAGUCAACGGCCGAAACCCACCUACUGCUCUCGAACAAGCUGCAGUCCAUAUGUCCAUCAAUCAAGAUGGUUCCUUGACAGUGGUUGACUUCUUCAUGCCUUGGGAGAAGAAGCAACUAGAUGGUGCCGAUAAAGAUCUUGGUACAUCGCCGUUACAGAUACUUCCAAGUCAAUUUUCUUGCGGUGAUGUCAAACGGAUGGGGGUUGUGACUGGUAAGAGCGGCAAAACCUACUGGCUCGAUCUUGAUAACCUUGGGGGGUAUCAAAAUGGUCCCAACAAACUCGACAGUGUGAUUCAAGUUGAACAGAAUGAGAAUUCUGUUUAUGCUGGUGCUGGUGUAUAUCCUUUGGAGGGAGGAUACAUUUACAUCAAUGUCAUCCAGUAUGAGACCCAUGUUUUCAAGUUCUCCUGCAACGGUGGCGUACCAUACUUCAACAAGGUCGCCGAUUCACCCGACAAGAAUGCUUAUAUUCUUGGUGUUGGGCAUGGUACAGUUACCUCUCUGCGUGAUGAGCCUGGUACUGGACUCCUUUGGACAUCAGAUGUUGAAGGCUCCAAUCUUCGAAUUUACAACGCCGUACCAAAUGGGGGCCUUCUGAAUCAGAUCAAUUCAUUCGUGACUCCAGGUACUACAAAGUUCACGCGACCUGUUUUUGGAGACGGUGUCGCCUACCAAGGCACAACACAGGGCUUUAUUUAUGCCUAUGGCUCUCCUGUCAAUCUCCCAUUGAAUUGCACAUCUCCUCAAUUUGGAACUGCCAAUCUGAAUAUCACGGCGUCUCCAAUGACGGUACAGUGUAUUGCCACGACCGCUGUUAUCAUUACAGCCGCUACUCUAUCUGGAAAUCCCAAUUUCGCAAUCACUGGGUUUAGCCUCCCCAUGAACGUCGCAAAAGAUCAGCUGAUUUCUUUCCAAGCGACCUUCACCCCUCGGCAAGUCGGACCAUUAUCCUCAUCGGUGAUAUUGAAUACAACCCAACAGGCACCCGGCUUCAGUAUUAAUACUCCGAUCCAACUCAGAGGGUACGGGCAGAGCCAGGCACCUUUGUUAAUGGUCAAUCCAAAUACUGUAACUUGGAAUGGAGUUAUCACAGGCCAGCAACCUGAUGGAGUUAACCAGUCUGUCGUGAUUAUCAAUUCCGGGAACAGUCAGCUUACAAUCACCAAACUGCAGUACUCUCUGGUAGGAGAGAAAGGUCCCUGGAUCACACCAAAUGGCACUGCGAGUAGCACUGUUGUUUCUGCUUUCACUUUCUAUAACAUUCCGAUAUCGAUACGACCGAACAGCGCGGUAACCGUGCCAAUCAACUUCAAUCCUCUCAUAAGCGGUAGCUAUGGAGUAUAUGUGCAAGUGGUCUCUGACGGAGGCACGAAGGUCCUCAAUGUUCUAGCAGCUGGGUCAGAUGAACCCAAAGCUCUGCUUGAAUUUCAAUCACUUGAUGAGGUUUGGAUCCCCUAUGACAAAAACACACCGUUCAGCUUUGGAAACGUCACCCAGGGUACCAGUCGUUACUUGAAACUCCGCCUUACGAACAAUGGAACGAACACUGCUGCUCCAAUUUCCGUGACAGUUAGUAAGCCUCCUUUCGGCAUUCCAGGUAGCCUUAUUGGAACCAGCAACCAAGUCGAUCUCGCCGAAGGUACGUUGGUAUACGCUGGACAGAACCUGACUGCUACACUAUUCUGUUCCGUUCCCCGUAGUCAGAUCAACGUCGACAAAUACAAUGGCACGGCCAUCUGGACUAUGAAUCUGAAUGAUCCAAAAUUUGGCAAACAGUUCAUUCAGUUCGUCUGCAAUGCUGUUUCCGAGCAGGCUCCGCCUUUGAACCCCGUUACUCAACAGGGCAUGUAUCGUUAUGCGGGCUGUUUCAAAGAAAACAAUCCAGGCCGACAGCUUCAGACCGCCAUCUACACCGGGCCUCAAAAUACCAAUGACAAAUGCAUUGCAUCUUGUGCCGCUGCCGGCUAUAUCUUCGCAGGUACACAAUAUAACCAAGAGUGCUGGUGUGGCUACAAUCGUCCCAAGCUUGUAACCCCCGACUCUAACUGCCACUUCCCAUGCUCCGGCAAUAUCACUCGGAUUUGCGGUGGUAACGGGGUUGACGGCUCAGGAUCUUACAUUUCACUGUUCGGAGAUAUCACUCGCUGGAAUGGAAACACCACCGACACUCCCGGCCCCUAUGUCAACCCUGGCACACUCGGAUUCUCAAGCCUAGGAUGUUAUACUGAGCCUACCAACGGAAGAGCACUCCCUGUGCAAAAGACUGCCAACAACACUGUUGCCGGAUGCUUCCAAGCUUGUCAAGGAUAUGUUUACUCGGGUGUGGAAUAUGGUGGGCAAUGGUACGAAUUAGCAGCUGAUCCAGAGUCCAGAGACAAUCAAUGA